AUGGGAGACUCUCUUGCUCAGCGACAUGCUGCUGCUUUAAAACUCCUCGAGGAUUUGACAUCGUCGCUAAAUGACGUGGUGCCGGUAGGAGAUAUCUCGCGUGCUCAGGCGGAUUACAACGCUGCAGAAGAACGACACAGCCGUGAACGGGACCCUGCGAAGAAAAGAGCCUUGUGCCGAGAACUCGUCAGGUACGGAGAUCGCCUCGAGGAGAUACAAAAGCAACACCAGGAAGCCGAGACCAAGCGUAAGGAGCAAUUAGACCUCUUUGACUCGAGACUAUCGAAGGAAGGCUACCAGAAGCGGGCCACUUGUGCUACCUUCAAUACUGGCAUCGAUCACACAACCCACCAGACCUCUGAAACGCUGGGAAAUCCUGUCCGAUCUCCAGAUCUCGCCUCCAUUCAGCCUCCGACCCUCUCCAACGACCGAGCAACCCAUGACACUAUUGGAUCCCCAGGUCACCUUCCCCAAACCAACGCUAUUCGCAACACGAUCGAGCCCAGGUCAACCCCCUCGCGUACACACAGCGCAACUCCGUCGAGAGGCUUCUCGACUGAUAUUGAGCAGCAAGUCGGAGCUGAACCGACUGGCCAGACAGGUCGGUCCAACAAGAGACGCGACAAUCCUGUCGCAUCUCGCCCUGCAAAGCACCAGCGGCAGAGCGCCUCAAGUGACAUUGUGACCGAAAGAACAAUUAGCUUCAACGAGGUAUAUCAAGGCGGUAAUGCCCGAUGGAAAUACAGAAUUGUCAAGAUCAAUGGGCUCUACUACAUCUUUGGAUGCGAGAAACACGAGAAGCAUUUCCGCAAAGAGAACCCGCUCCAAUCUGCCAUGAGUCACCUUAAAGGGAAAGGACACUCUGUCAAGAGACCGAACGCUACUCAGGCGCUUAAAUCGCUCGGGACUCAAGUUGUGGUUGGCAGUGACGAACUUGUCCUGCUGAAUAACAUCGCUGCGGAUCGUUACCUAGCGGAGCAGGCGGAGAAAAAGAAGCGUCGAGAGGCUUCUGUCAGGAACCUCACACAGGCACCACAGACUGGCGAAAUACACAUGGCUUGGUUUGGUGACGACGAUGUGGGCCAUUGCCUGCACGCCUUUCUGGUCAUGCCGUUCUUCCCGCGGCUUGGCGAUGAUCCGGAGAUGCAAUCUGUCACCGAGUCAGACCUUAAAGUCGAUAUUCCCGCUUGUUACAAGCUUAAUAAGACCUCUAACAGGUAUGAAUGGGCUGAGGGCUAUGAGGAGCAUGGGAAGUAUGCCGGUAAUAGGGUAUACCCGAUAAUGUGCCUUGUUGGGGAAACUCCUCACAAGGUCGAUUGGCUUCCAGUCUGUCACUUCCGAAACCUUGAUCUCAAUGACAAGGAUCUUGAGGACAAGGACAUAGUCAAAUCGUAUAUCAGCCAUGGGAACGAGAUUGAAGACGAAUCUGAAGACCUGUACGAAGACAGCCUUGCUGGCGACGACGACGCACCAACCUUAAGCGGGCGUAUACAGAGUCUCAGUGGCAGGACAUCUGAGAACGCCAAUACAGAUCAAAGUUUCCAGCCCGAGGCGAUAGCAGAGAACCAGGAGAGCAGGUCACCUGGGCCAAACCUCCCGACACAAGCGGUAAAGGACGAACCCACGACUAUAGCAUGCGGAGACGAGGCUGCAAGACGUGCGCGCCAGCCGUCUGUCCGGCAAAGAUGGCCAUCUGCACGAAAGGGUCCUCCAAAUAUGGAAACUUUAGAUGACAGUGACAGCGAGUGA